UGGGAGAUGACGAUUACCGUCGUCUCACCCCGGCAGGUGACGAUCGGCAUGAUCGUCGUAGCACUCAAGUUGCAGUUCCUGGCGACAGUGCUGCUGGCAGGACCAGGACCGAUAACCCUGCCUGGCUGCCCAGAAACCUGCGGCGACGUGCGCGUGCCGUACCCGUUCGGCAUCGGCCAGGGCUGCUUCCACCAUGGCUUCAACCUCACCUGCGACGAGGAACAGCACCCGCCGAGGCUGUUCUUGGGCGACGGCGUGGAGGUGCUCGGCAUCUCCUUGCCGGACGGCACGGUACGCAUCCGGAUGAACAUUUCGUGGCUGGACCACGCCGAGUUCAACGGCUCGUGGUCAGUCCCCGCGCCCGCCGCCGGGCCCCUGAGGGUAUCGAGCGCGCGCAACUCCUUCGUGGCGUUCGGGUGCAACAUGGUGGCCAAGCUCAUCCCUUACAGCGCGCUCGGCGGCCCGACCGCCCAAUCCAGCGUCUGCGCCGCCGUGUGCUCGGAGACGCUCAGUGCCGCCUCGUGCUCCGGCGUCGGCUGCUGCCGCACCUCCAUCGCGUUCUGGGGGGAUCUCCCGUCGUACGGCGUCCAGGUUAGACACCUGGUAGGGCAAACCGAUAGCGGGUUGUUUCGUAGGGCAGUGUUCGUGGUUGAUCAGGACUGGUUCAGCAGAAACGAGGCCGAGAUGGCGAGCAACUACAGCAAGCUGGACUACGAAUACGAGAACGUAGUCAUGGCGGGCAGUGUUCCCGCGGUGCUGGAGUGGUCGUUGGACAUUGCACGCGACGAGGCCUUGUUUGUGCUGUCACCUAUAGGGCCCGGAUCUUCUGACUUCAGAUGCCUGAGCUCGAAUAGUUUUUCCUAUACCAUUGAUGGGAAUUACGACCGGAGACGGUGCAACUGUUCUGAUGGAUAUGAGGGCAAUCCCUACGUCAGUGAUGGAUGUCAAGAUAUUGAUGAGUGCCAACUGCCAGAUCUUUACCCAUGUCAUGGAACCUGCAUCAAUUUGCCUGGGACACACCGGUGCUCACCAAAGAAAAGCAUCUGGAGCCUUCCAGGUUUAAUUACAAUAAUAGCAAUCAGUUCUGGUUUUGGCCUACUAUUUUCACUUCUUGGUGUUGCCAAAAUCACAAAAAAACUCAAGCAACAAAGAGCCAAGAAGCUGAGACAAUUUUUUUUCAAGAGAAAUCAUGGGUUGCUUCUCCAACAAUUAAUCUCAUCAAACAAAGAUAUAGCUGAAAGGAUGAAGAUUUUCAGCUUAGAAGAACUAGAGCAAGCAACAAACAAAUUUGAUCAGAAUCGUAUCCUUGGACGUGGAGGCCAUGGCACAGUCUAUAAAGGCAUCUUAUCUGAUCAACGUGUUGUUGCCAUUAAAAAGUCCAAAAUUGUGGUUCAAAGGGAAAUUGAUCAGUUCAUAAAUGAGGUCGUCAUACUUUCACAGACUAAUCACAGAAAUGUGGUGAGACUCUUUGGUUGUUGCCUAGAGACAGAAGUUCCUUUACUUGUCUAUGAGUUCAUAUCGAAUGGAACCCUAUCAUACCAUCUUCAUGGACAGAGUGAAAAUCCUUUGCCAUGGAAAGACAGACUGAGGAUUGCACUAGAAACUGCAAGGGCCAUUGCGUAUCUACACUCUGCCGCUUCCAUAUCUGUGUUCCAUAGAGAUAUUAAAUCUGCAAAUAUACUACUCACUGAUAAUUUAACCGCUAAGGUAUCAGAUUUUGGAGCGUCAAGAUCAAUCUCAAUAGAUGAGACAGGAAUACUUACAGCCAUCCAAGGAACUCACGGGUACCUUGAUCCCAUAUACUACUACACCAGCCGACUCACAGAGAAGAGCGAUGUCUACAGCUUUGGCGUUAUUUUAGCAGAACUUCUGACAAAGGUUACACCAGUUUUCUCUUCUCAUUCAUCAGAGGUCACAAGUUUAGCAUCACACUUCGUGUCAUUGAAAAGAGAUAAUCGCUUAUGGGAUGUUCUAGAUCCACAAAUUAUUGAAGAGGGAGGGGCUGAAGAUGCCGAAGUGAUUGCAAAUAUCGCAGAAACAUGCUUAAGCUUAAAAGGUGAAGAAAGGCCUACAAUGAGGCAAGUGGAGACAAAACUUGAAGAUGUGCAAGGCUCAAAGGUCCAUCCCAAUUCUAGGAUAACAAGAACAAGCCAAAACGCUCCACAAGAUAAGUCGUUCAAGGGGAACAGAGGCAGUGAAGGAACUAGACAAUACAGUUUGGAGAAAGAGUUCAUACAAUCAUCUGAAAUUCCAAGAUGAUUCUUAUGCACUGUGUGAGUUUAUUUAGAAGUUUUCAGUUUCGUAUGCACUUUUGCGCCUCCAGAACACCAAUGAUUGAUGUAUAACCAUGAAAUUAGUAGUAACCAGUAAAUAAACAAAUAGGGGUGGGAAAUAGGAGAGUGAGGGGGUUGUUUUCCUGUACUGUUGAAAUAUCAGUAUUUAAAAUAGCAAUGGGAAAGUUCUGUAAGAACUACUAUUAUAUGCAGACAAAUAACAACGGAUAUCCAUGAAUGUACA